CUAGUUACUUUCUUAUUGUUGUUAUUUAUGAAAACACAUGUGCAAAUAUAUGACAAACCUUGUACAAAUAUCGCUGAGGAUUAUAUUCGUGUAAUAUGCAGUACUGAUAAAUACAAACAAAACACAAGUAGGAACGUGCAUACUAUGAAAUCAGACAUCAAUUCGGAGUCUGAGGCUGUGAAAAGACAAUUAAUAUCAGUCGCCAGUGGGAUGACGUUAGAGAGAAACAUGGUCCUUUUUACUGUGGUCAACGAUGCGUAUAUGCCGUUUGUGAAUAGUUGGUUGUGUAAUACCAAAACCCUGAAUAUUCAUAAAUCUGUUUUGAUUCGGAUAAAGUCCUUGCAAGAAAAUGAAGAUUUUGGUACAUUUGAAGAGGAAAAUGAACAAGUAGUUCUUGCAAGAUUACUCAGGGACGGGUACGGAAACGAAACUAUCAAGAUGUUACCACUAGAAAUGUAUGCUGACGGAAAAUGGUACAAUUUGAGCGAAGAAGACCGCUCAAAAACCCGACCAGUUAUUAUAAACAACAACUGGAUUGUUGGUAAGAUUUCUUCUUUUAACACAAGCAAGAUAAACGAGUGCUAA